CAUCUCAAUCUUUCACGAUGGCCCUUGCAAACAAGAAGGUAGAAAAGCUUGACCGUCUCGACGAGUACCAGAAGAUAUUCCACUGGGCAGAGACGCAGGAGGAUGGCGCCGUACCUUCCUUUGCAACUCGCAAGAACGAUCCCUACGAGGCAAACGCCAUGCGCUUCAAUAUCUAUCCUAGCUUCGAAUCAGAGGCCGUCCCCGGGACCAUCCCUCGCGGUCAGAACAGCCCAAGAUGCGUGCGAUUCGGUCUGUACGCAGAACAGAUGACUGCCUCAGCAUUCGUUGCACCAAGACAUCUGAACAAAAAUGCUUGGCUCUACAGAUCGCGGCCAGCAGUCGCACACCAGGGNACGAACCUUCCUGACAAUUCGAAUACCGAAGCCAACUUNUUUCCAAUCAACCCGCGCGUUCAUGUUUCACCGACUCAACUUGCCUGGCUGCCCUUUGAUGUUGCCGAAACGAAACACGACUUUGUGGAGGGGCUAUGCUCCAUUGCUGGAUCGGGCGACCCAACCUUGAGGGAGGGUUUGGCGACACACGUCUUUACAGCCAACGUCUCGAUGGAGAACAAAGCAUUUGUCAACUCUGAUGGUGAUUUCUUAAUUGUGGCUCAGCAGGGCGCACUGGAUAUUCAGACGGAGUUUGGACGAUUGUACGUGCAACCAGGAGAGAUUUGUGUUAUACAACGAGGUCAGCGCUUCAAGGUCGGCGUCGAAGGACCAACCAGAGGCUACAUCCUCGAGAUUUGGGGUGCAAACUUCGAACUGCCAGAACUUGGAGCGAUUGGUGCCAAUGGGCUGGCCAACGCAAGAGACUUCUUGACCCCAGUUGCGUACUACACUGUCACCAAGGACGACCCGUGGAAAAUUGUGUACAAGCUCGGUGGCAAGUUUUUCGAAAGCAGACAAAACCACUGCCCCUUCGAUGUGGUCGCUUGGCACGGAAACUACGUGCCUUACAAAUACGACUUGACCAAGUUCGUCAACAUUGGAAGCAUCAGCGUCGAUCACAUCGACCCGUCCAUCUUCUGCGUCUUGACGGCUCGCUCGCGCGACCCAGCAGCUCCUCUAGCCGACUUUCUCAUCUUUUCUCCUCGCUGGGACGUCGCCUCAAACACGUACCGCCCACCAUACUACCACCGCAACGUCGCUUCGGAGUUGAUGGGACUCAUCUAUGGCGAGUAUGCCGGCCGUAGCGACGAGUUCCAACCAGGAGGUGUCAGUUUCGAAUGCGGCAUGGUGCCCCACGGUGUGGCGUAUCAAGAGUUCAAGGCCGCUUCCGCACAGCCUCCUCCAGAGAUGCGCAUCUCUGAAGGUGCAGUAGCUUUCAUGUUUGAGAGCUCUAGACCCUUCACCGUCACUGAUUGGGCCAUGAAGAGCGACAAGCUUCACGAGCACGAUCCAGCCAUGUGGGACGAUCUGGUCGACAACUUCUCGCAGCAUAAGGACGAGGUUGACGAGAUCCUGAAGAAAGCNGGGAAGCUGAGCUUG